AUGUCACCUAAAUCCAUUGCCAUUAUCGGAGCUGGCCCAGCUGGAUUAGCCUCUCUUUACGAGUUUUUACACACGAAUGCUGAUGGAACCUCCACUUUAACCGACGCAACAAAAUCCUACAAGCAUGCUGCCAAACCUGAAGUACCAGCCUUUACGAAAAUUGUUGCUUUUGAACUGAAGGAUAAAGCCGGUGGGAUUUGGGCACCAGUUACUCCAGAAGCAGACUUACCGGUGCCACCCCAAGAAAUCCUCAACAAGGGCUAUAGCGAUCCAAUUAAUAUUAGACCCAGUAAUGUUGCCCCCGAUGGGGUUGAAGGCGCCACCGUUGACCAUCCGGUGGUGGUUGAAAACGGUGCCAGCUAUACUGGUCCAGGCGGUCUACCACACCAUGGCCCGUUGAUUAAUGAGUUAGAGUGGAGCAGAUCGGGAAUCUUUCCCUUUUUGUUCACCAAUAUCCCCACAAGAUUUACUAGGUACAGCUACUUGCCAAAUGAGGAGGAGUAUCUUUCAAAAGAGAGGAAAAUCUAUCCCUUUUUAACUCAUCAGGAAUUGUCACAAAGGUUUAGUGAUUUUAUCGAGGAUGAAAAUUUAUCACAACAUAUCAGAUUGAAUACGUCGGUGGAGAAUGUCGAAAAACGCGGAGACAAAUGGGUUGUGACUGUGAGACACAAAGUUGGUAAUAAAAGUGCAUGGUAUCAGGAAGAAUUUGACGCGGUUGUGGUUGCCAAUGGCCAUUACACUGUGCCAUACAUUCCUAAUAUCAAAGGGUUGGCAGAGUACAAUGCCAAUUUCCCUAACCGUUUAAGCCACGCAAAAUCGUUUAGAUAUUUGGAUGAGUUUGAAAACAAGGACGUCUUGGUCAUUGGUGGAUCGAUCUCGACGGCCAAUAUUUUGCAAUACAUUGUGCGCGUAGCUAAAUCAGUCACCAAUUCCAAACGGGGCAAACAUAAUGUGUUUCAAUAUAUUAAUGAUGCUUUGGUUUCCGAAGGUAUUACGCCAAAGGGUACCAUCGAUUACAUUGAUCCUAAAACUGGUGAAUUCCAUUUCCAUGAUGGAUCAAUUGGUAAGUACGAUAAGGUUGUCUUUUCCACUGGUUAUCACUACCAUUUUCCCUUCUUUCACAAAGAUGACCAUCUCAAACUAGUCAAUCCCGGAAACUUGUCGCGUGUUGGUGGAUUGUAUCUCAACACAUUUGACCAAAAAGAACCAACUUUAGGAGCUGUUGGUAUUACUGUUUCGCAAUUGAAUUUCCAUACUAUUGAAGCUAGUGCUGCUGCUUUGGCAGGUGUUUGGUCAGGUGCCAAGCAAUUACCACCUGUGGAGGAACAACAGGAAUGGGAAAACAAUUUGGUUGCUAAACGGGGUGAUUCAUUAUUGUUUCAUUAUUAUAACCAACACCAAGCCAAGGACUUUGUUGAUGCUGUUGAGCCUUAUUUCCCUAAGGAUAGGUACAAUCCAAUUGAAAUCGAUGGAGCUUAUGUGACUGAGGUUGAUGAAGGUGGAAACUACUUGGAAAAGUUGUUUUAUGGAUUGAAAGAUGGCAAGAUUAGAAUUGAUGAAACCAAUCCUUUAUAUAAAGAGAAGAACAAGGAGAAGGCGUACAAGAAAGAGCACAAUGAGGUGAUAAAGGGCUCAGACUCGGUUGAUGUUAAUGUUGAAGAAGCCGAAUUAGUUUCAGUUUAG